CCGCAGAUCGUACAGUUCUGUUUGGGCCUUGCUUACAAUUAGGAUCCGGUCGGCAGUAAAUCUUUAAUUUUUGCGCACUUUCUUGACUUGAAGAAAUCUUCGAACAAGAUGUCCAAGUUGGGAGCUAUCUUGAUGUUCAGUUUGUGCCUGUAUGUGGCCACGGCUCUGGCCGAACCACGCCUGCAGCAGGUGCAGGUUCAGGGGCGGGGUCAGGUGCAGGGACAGAGGGUGCAACAUCCCUACCUCUUCCUGACCAUUCCCAAGGGCCGUGCCAAUGCCGGUGCUGUUGUCAAGGGUUUUGAAAUUGUCGAGGAGGAGGACGACCAAGACCAGGACGAUCUUCAGGAUGAGGAGCAGAAUGACGACAACGACAACGAUGAGGACGAUGAACUGGAGCACCAGCUGGGUCUGAACUUUGCCCGCAGUGGCCUGGCCUACAGGAAAAACCAGGAGGACGACGAGCAGGAUGAUGAUCAGGAACAGGUUCUGGAUGCCCAGCUACCCAAAAAGCAGAUGAUGGUCCAACGGGAUCAGGCUGGCGCCAUUAUGGUACCAGAUGGCAUCAUCGAGAUCGAGGGCCAGAGUGUUCUGGACGAGAAGACCGGCAAGGCUGCUCUCCUGGUGCCCCGUGCUGCCUUGGACGCCAUUCCCGAUGGCGCUGUAGUGGCCCUAAUGGAACGAUCAGCCUCCAACACCGCUGGCGAUGAGGUCGAAGAAGAACGAGCCAAUCGCGUGGUGGUGCGCAGACGCAAGAACAACGGACGCAGAAACAUCCGCCGUCGUGGCAUCAACAACAACAACCUACGACGCCGCCGUCGUCCUGCUCAGCGUCGUCGCCGCGGUGGAAACCGCAGGCGCAACGUUCGCGUCAUCCGUCCCCAGGGCGGCAACCGGAGGCGUGGCAACCAGAGGCGUCGCGGUGGCCAGGUCGUCCUUCAGGGUUAAGACCUAAAAUCUAGGUCAUCCAGCCCCUUUCUAUAUAGUAUUAAAGUUAAGAUCAACUACCGAUCAGGACACACGAAUUUGAAAAAACUUGAUAACGAUGCGACAAAUAAAAUGUGAUAUGAAAAUUAAA